UUUUUGUUUACAUUUUACUGAAACAUUUAAAAUUUUGCAGCUUGCCAUUUUCGCUCUGGUGCUAUUACUUGUUUAAUGUGCCUUGUCUUACACCUAUUACUGAAUUUUCGAAUGAAGAAACAGCGCUCUUUCUACUGGGAUGUUGUGUCACAAUACAGCCACAAAGACACCAUAUGAUUAAUACUGCCAUGUUCAACGUUAAACAGCUGAUUCAGUACAAAAGCAUCAAAUAACAACACAACAAUGUUUCACAGUCGCAAUAUUGCAGUAGAAACUGUUGAUUAUCUUACUUGUUGUACGUACCGCGGACUGCAACUACUGUUACUGUUCUUAUUGUAAAUACAUUUAAUCUCAACUUAAAACUUGUUUGGAAUUGUUACGAAAUCGGUACAAUUAUUUCGAAACACGUAGUGCUGAUUUCUAAAAAUGAAAAUUAAAACCAACAAGCCAAUAAAAAAUCAACAAAAUUCGUUUAUACUGUACAUUGCACCCAGCAUCAGGUCAUCAACUUUUGUGUUCUUACUGACAAAGAGUUACUAGUAAAAAUUUAUCCAGUAAUACUUGCAAAUUUAAAAGUUUUUACUGCAAAGUGCGCAAAAAUUUUUUAACCCGCUUUUCUAGGGUUUUUGAUUGUUUGGAUUAUGAUACUCUUGCAGCAAAGGUACGCUUCAUAUACAAAUAAAUACAAUUGGGAAAAUAUAUUAUGUGAAAAAUUAAAACAAGCUCACAUGCCUCUAUGAAUAAACACUGUCAAAUCUAAACUUCCAAUAAAUAUUUAGUUAAAAAAAAAAAAUCUACAUAAAUCUCCGUAAACCAGUUUCAUCUAUUUGAAUAAAACCGGAACGUCGAUGAGCAUGUAAUCAUAUAACUUUGAAACCCAAUGAAAUGGAUGGUUUUAACUUUCAAGCUCUUAUAAAAUCCGACAUGACCUCGCCUUGUGAAUCUCAGGAAAUCGAACACAAUAAUGGAAACUUAAAAAGCAAUGAGUUAGUUUUUGGCUCGCAGCGCGUUACUCUAAAUUCCAGCACACCUUAUUCAGAUGCGACACAGACUAAAAAACAUUAUCCUGGCCAUAUAAAAAGACCAAUGAAUGCAUUUAUGGUUUGGAGUCAAAUGGAAAGAAGAAAGAUUUGUGAAAAGACACCUGAUCUGCACAAUGCAGAAAUAUCGAAAGAACUGGGCCGGCGUUGGCAACUUCUAGGCAAGGAAGAAAAACAACCUUACAUAAUUGAAGCAGAAAACUUACGUAAACUACACAUGAUAGAAUAUCCCGACUAUAAAUAUAGGCCCCAGAAAAAGCAGUCGCGACAACCCUCCUCUAGACAUAGUGAAAAAGAAGAGCGCAAAGGGCAAAAUCAUGAUAUCAGAAAGAAAAGAAUGCUAUCUUCCAUGGAACGAAAAUGUAAACAAAGUCUAAUACCGAACAAUCAAGAUGGAAUUAAUCGCCGAAAUCGGUGCUGGAAGAAAAGCUCUAGCAAUACAAAGAAGCAUAAUGGAACAAGAAAUACGACCACUUCUUACGACUCUGCGAAAAUAUGCAUGGUAGGAGAACGUGCCCAUUAUCUAUCGGGUACAUCAAAUUAUAGGAGCUUUUGCAGUGAUCCAAUUAUCUGUGAUAUCAACUCAGGGAUUGUAGAUAAUUUAACUAACUUAAAUCCCAUUGAACCGUCCGACUAUCAUGAACUCAAAAAUAACUCUCAAUAUCAAAUUGAAGAUGUGUUAAAAAUAAUAAAUCCUGACAACUUUUUUGAAACUCCAUUUGAGUUUCAAAAUACCAAAAAUGAUUUUUCUCAUGACAAUACACAGACCCCUGAACAAUCAAAUGUCAACAAUGUUUCUCAGAUCUCAUAUUUUGAAAAAGCUAAAAUAGAAGAGGAAAACAGCAUUGUAAAUGAUGCUAAUUUACAUCUUGCCAGUCACCAUUUGCAUCACAUACAGUAUCCAUACGAAACAGCUAAAUUACCUGUUUUUGAUUCACUAAUAUCUUCUCGGGAUAGCCAUAAUCACUCAAGUAUUAUUAACUCCUCAACUGAUGAUACCAAUUGUGACAUUAUAAAUCAGUCAUUAUAUUGCACAGAUGAGUGUAUAUCCGAAAAUCAAGAUUCUGCGAUACAACAACAAACCGUGACAAUGAAUAUUGAAAUUCAUAAUAGUAACCGCAUUUGUGGAAAUGUUGGGAACACGGGAUUUAUAGCCGGUGAUGAUAUGUAUGCAAUAUCAAUCCCCUGUGCUAGUGUCGACAGCGAUUGUAGUAUUCUGACAUCACCCCAUUCACCACAAAUAGGACAUAAUAUUAGUGCCAACAGUGCGGUGUUAGAUACUAGUAGUGCAAAUAUAUUCGCACUUUCAAGCGCUAAUUCUAAUCAACUAUCUCAAACGGAUACUCUUAAUUCUUCUAACUAUACGUUUUAUGAUACCAAUGGAGCUCUUCUUGCUUUUACAUACGACGACUUACCACCGCAAUCUACAGGCAGCCAUUUGGAGUUUAACAACAGAUAUGAGUUUUCUAGUCUUUAAAUACAAAUAUGAAUAAGAACAAAUACAUUAUUUAAUAUUGUUUAUCAUAAAAAUUUAAGACAUUGUCAAAGUAAAUGUUCAUAGUAUAAAAAUUUAAAUUUUAUCCCUGCUUUAAUAAUAUAUACUCAAUAUGUAUGCAAAAACAUAGCUUUGGUGUAAUUACACAGUGCGACAAGAUUCUACGUAUUUGAUGAAAGCAAGAGUAAAUGAGAAUAUACACCCCCACAUAGAAAGGAUUUUUAGGAUAUACUAAGAUCCUUUAAAGUAUUUGUAGUUGGUUGCUUAUUUUUUUGGAGAAAAAAUAAUGUUUCUUUGGGGAAAAUUAAAUUUUUAUUAAC